ACACAGGAUCGGUGAAUUCAGGUUUACUCAAGCAAUGAAGCCUUGAGGAAGGACUAGGGGGAAUAAUCACCUGUACAUGACUUUCUCCCUCACCGAGGCAGUAGUCAGCGGCACCACAUCAGAGGAGUGAAGAUCGGAGGUUCCUUGAAAAGUGUUUGCGACCGGGACAGAAAAGUGUCAGCAGUGUCCCAACGAACAAGUUCUGCGAUGAACUCCCUGGAGCAGGCCGAGGAUCUUAAGGCAUUUGAAAGAAGACUUACUGAAUAUGUUUCUUGUUUACAGCCAGCAACUGGUCGUUGGCGAAUUAUUCUCAUCGUGGUGUCUGUGUGCACAGCAACUGGUGCAUGGAACUGGCUUAUUGACCCUGAAACACAGAAGGUGUCUUUCUUUACGUCCUUAUGGAACCACCCAUUUUUCACCAUAAGCUGUGUGACCCUGAUAGGCCUCUUUUUUGCUGGAAUACACAAAAGAGUUGUGGCUCCGUCAAUUAUAGCUGCCCGCUGUCGGACUGUCCUAGCUGAGUAUAACAUGUCCUGCGAUGAUACUGGAAAACUGAUCUUGAAGCCUCGUCCCCAUGUACAGUAGCUAUGGGAUUUGCUGUUUGGGAGCCAGGGAGGAAACUUCAUUGUAUUUACAUGAUCAGUACAGUACCUAUUAUGGCUUCAGAAUAAGUUUAUAUGUGAGAAAAGCCUGAUGUGAUGCAGCAGGGAUUUGCUGUUUCAAAUUUGGAUACGAAGAGCAGUAGAGUAUUAUUUUUCCUCUGAUAUCCAUUGUUUAAGUCCUGUGAAAGUCAGAGAAGCUGUUCUACAUAUUUGCUUAUCCUUAUAUCCCAUUUUUGUCCUGUAUCAGUAUCUCACAAAGCUUUACAUUUGGUUGCCUACCUUUCAUAAUCUGUUAUUUCUGAAAUUAAAUAGGCUUCAUGACCCUUCGUUUUUUUACCCUUAAUUCCUCAGAGAGAUCCGAAGCUAAUAUUGUGGUGCUCCGAAAUGAGGCAUGUUAUGUAUGUUACUAUAAAUGAUAUAAUGGAUGUAAUUCAAGCAAACACACUGCUUGAUUUUAGGUGUAUACAUUUUAUUUAUAAAGUUAUAGCAAACAUUUUGAUAUAAUGUUUUUAAAUAGCAGGUAAGCUGUGGGCUUGAAUCCAGCAAAGGUUCAUGCAGCUGAGGAGUUGCUUGUUGGUUAUUUCCCUAACUAGCAGAACAAAACUUUGUUUUAAUAUAACAGUCAAAUAAGAAAGCUAAAGUGUUGUGCAGCUGGAAAUGUAAUUAUAUUUCACAUACUCCUUCAAUAAAGUUGUCUUCUAUUUUUCUAA